AUGAUCCAAAAAUUCCUGAACCCAGAAAUCAGGAAAAAUAUCCAAAAGGAUAACAACGAAAGAUCUAGAAACCAACCAAGCAACAAUCAAUCAGGAAGCACUGUUGUACAAACACCAUCAAAGCAAAUAGGUGUACCAAAGGAGAAUGAUGAUCAACCACAAGAAGUAUCAUACUCUCAAAUGAGAGAAAUGGACAAUGACUUUUUCAAAGACAUUAUCGAUAGAACUGCUCUUAAAUUCAUUGAUGUAUCUGCAGUUGGACCAGAUGCAAAGGACAUCAUAUUUGAGGAAAAGGAUUAUAGCAGUCAAAUCAAAGAGACAAACAUUGGCAAAUCAAACAUAUUAUUUGGACUCCCACACCUUUCACAAGCAACCAACGUAUCAAACCUUCACAACCUUCUUUCACAACCAGUUCCAUUUGACUCUGAUUUGAUGAACAAGUUUAACUCUAAUAUCGUAUCUUCAUUAAACAACGUUGCUAUCAAGGAUUGUGGUGAUUUGGUUGUUACUUUUGGUGCUUCUUUAAAGAAUUAA